UGGGGUGGUACAUAAAUGGGACUGUACUGGGGGGCCUGGGCUGCACUGGGGUGCAUUGGGGUGGCACUGGGGUGGUACAGUGGGGGUCCACUGGGGGUGCACGGGGGUGCCCGUGCCACACUGGGGGUGCCGCCACGUGUGUGCAGGCGUGUGCCCGCAGCUCGUGUGUCCGUGUGCCCGCAGCCCGUGUGCCCGCAGCCCGUGUGUCCGUGUGUCCGUGUGUCCGCAGCCCGUGUGUCCGUGUGUCCGUGUGUCCGUGUGUCCGUGUGUCCGUGCCCGCCGCCGCCAUGGGCGCCGCGUGUGCCGCUCCCCCCGCGUGUGCCAUCACAUGCGUGUGAACGUGCGCGGCCCUGCGCACCCGUCAGGUCACAUCCAUCACCCGCGGCCCGCGGCGCUCGCGUGUCCCGCCGCCCCUGCGCGGGGAGGGGGUGCCGGGGGGGCGUCGCCGCGCCCCAAAGGCCCCCGGGAGCAUCGCUGGGGCCGGGACCUGCCUCCACCAUCCCCCCUCGCUCCUCGCCCCCGUCCCGGCUCCAUCCCGGCCGCGUCCCGGCUCCAUCUGGGCAUCCGCGGGCCGCGGCCGGGCGUUGGUGGCCCGGAGCCCUUACGAGGGCCGCGGCACGUCCUGGCCCUCCGGAGCGGCUCCGCUCCCCGCUCCCAGCAGAGCCGGUCCCAGCAGGACCGGGGCAGGAGUUACCCAACCCGUCUGCCUGCUCCCGCCGCUUUCCCAACCAGUUCCGAGCAGCGCCGGCUCUUCACGCCUUCGCCCUCUCAGAGUCCUUUCUACGUGGUCAUUUACAUAAUUUUGGUGGUUUUUUUCAAGGAAUUGUAACUCUGUUUCAAAGGCUAGAGGGGGAGAAGCAACCAAAGCCAGAGCUGAGAAAAUCCUGCUUCCAGACACCUUUUCCUGGAGCAUCCAGUGUCACCAGAUCCACCCUGAGUGUGUCCGGUGUUCAGUGAAAUGCCCACAUCAUGACCUGGUGCUUUUUAGGAUUUGGACUCACUGAUCCUUGUGGAACCCUUCCAGCUCAGGAUAUUCCAUUAAUCUCCGUAGCUGCCCCUACACUUCAAUUCACCCUCUCAUCAAGCUUUUUUUUUUUUCCCCCCUAAAAACCCAAAUUGUCUGUGGUUAAGUUGAAACUAAAGCAGCGUUUGAGCCUAAAAAUAGCCGGGCACAUCUGUCUGCCUUCCCCAUCUGCCGCCGGCCCGGCUGCGUGAAGGAAGUGACUGUUUCUGCAAAAUGAGGGCUCUGUCUCAUCCUUCUGUACCGUAAAGUCAGUUUAUUCAGGGAGAAUAUUCCCCAAGACUCCACUGAUUUGCCAGAUAAUGCCCUAGUCGGGAAAAGGCAGGAGGAGCCAGGCUCCACUCAACCUGUUCCUCUAAAUAAAGUCAUUUUUUUAAAAUUUGAAA